GAAAUCCCUCAGCCCCUUGCUGUCCCACUAUUGAAAGUUGCUGCUCACCUGGAGUUGCCGCCUGUGGCUACUUUCGCUGGCCUCUGCCUGUGGAACUACAGGCUUAUAUUCCCUGAUGAGCCUGCAGAUUCGCUUGAUAAUCUUGCUACUCUAUUCACCUUUACCGGCUCUCUGGAUGAGCAGUGGUUCUACCUUGUUUCCAUAGCCAUUGAGGCCAGGGGUGCCCGAUCCAUACCUCUCAUGCUCAAGGCUAUAGCUGCGGCUCGUGCUGAUGAAGUGGCGGAAGUGACGGAGUGUUUGACCAAGUUUGCAGAAGUCGUUGACGAAGUAAACAUGGAACUCCAGAAGAUGUACAAACAUUGUGACCCACAUGUUUUCUACCAUCGCAUUCGCCCAUUCUUGGCCGGGAGCAAGGGUAUGGCCGAGCUUCCGCGUGGUAUCCUAUUCGACGAUGGGUCUGGCUUCCAGGAAUACAAGCACUAUCGCGGCGGAAGCAACGCCCAGAGUUCGCUAAUUCAAUUCUUCGAUAUCGUUCUAGGUGUUGAACACAGACCAACUGGCGAAUCUAGACCUAAGCCAACCUCCUCGCCACUCCCAACAUCCUCUUCAAGUGAUGAGAGCGGAGAAGGUAGGAAAAGGUGGCAUAACUUCCUCAUGGAAAUGCGGACUUACAUGCCAGGACCACACCGGAAAUUCCUCGAGCACGUCUCCAGCGUGUCGAACAUCCAAAAUUAUGUCCAAACUCACCAGUCGAACACCGAGCUAGUCACGGCUUUCAAUACAGCUGUAGCAAUGGUCAAAGCUAUUCGUACAACUCACAUUACAAUGGUAUCACGGUACAUUGUCGUCAAGUCGCGCGAAGAGCGGAAUACCAAGGUCCCAACGUCACCUCCAGCAACAGAAGCAGGCUUAAACCGGCCUGAGUCUCAGCCGUUAUCAACCCCCGGCGGAAUGCUCAUGUCCAACAGGCCAUCGAAAGGCGAAAAGAAAGCGCCCCUUCGUGGCACCGGAGGAACAGCUCUCAUUCCUUUCUUGAAACAAGCCCGGGAUGAGACCGGUGAAGCAGCCAUUGGGCCGUGGGCCAAGAAACUUCUGGAUAAAGCUGGCGUCCAAGCCCCCAAGGUGGCCUCCCUGUCUAAACUUGACGAGCAUGCUGAUGGACAAAAGCAAAUCGUUGGUCUAGCUGGCACCUGGUCUAUGGAUGAAGGCGAAGGUGGCCUUUUUCAUUGGUAA